CACGCUUCGAUCGCUCGUUUCUUCCACUUUACUAGGAUCCUCGCUUCAUUGCUUCCGCCUCGUCCUUGCAAUAGACACCAGGCUGCGAUUGAAAGCGGGGCCACCGCGUCUUGCGCAACUAGACAAAGACGUACAAAUGGCCACCACUACUCCUUCUGCAUCAUCACGUUCAGGGCGAGCGUCUGUUGACGCUUCAAGCAGCAGCUCAAGCCCCGCCGCACAAGCAACGAAGACAGGACGCCCGAAUCAAUGGAGUGCUUCAAGGCAGAGGAAGCUGGCACGGCUAUACCUGUAUAGCAUCCUGCCUCCGAAUGAAAUCCGGCAAGCGUUGGAAGAGAAAGUCGACAGCUGGAAAUGGAUGCCAGGAAAAGAGUCUACUACCAAAGUUGUCCACUCACUUCUGGACAAGGAUCCAAGAUGGCUGAGGCCCAAAAACAGAGAAGAGAUGGAUGCCAGGAUAAAGGGCUUGUCAGACUCAACGCAACAGCGCAAAAACUUGCGAAGAUUCUCCCCGAAGUCCUACGGGACCACACUCGGCCCACUGACAGAAACCCCUGGUAACGAGGCUUUCCCCACGCCUGAUUCCUCCGACUUCAUUGAGGACAUUGAAAACACCUCAGUUCCGGAACUUAACAUGAUCUCAACCAACGAAUUUAGCCAAACACCCCUUCAGGAUUUGUUGGCGUGGGCACCACAAGAACCUAUUGCAGUAUUUCCAGGUCCCUCUGCUGCUUCCUUCUAUCAUUCGCAGCACACCGGCAAAGCCUCCGUGUACACAAGUUCUAUUAAAGAACCAUCCAUCGCGGCUUACACCCCACAGUCUCUUGGGUCCGAGGAUCCUUUUGCUGCGUAUAUGCAAAGCACGACUCAAGUCGGCGUAGUGAACGAACAGAGCGAGUCCGCUGAAUUUAAUACAGAGGAUAUAAAACGACGUCUUUCUCAAUACUCGGAUGGAUAUCUUCAAAACAUAGUCCGGCUACUUGAAGCCUUCUCGAUCUCGGACGCCUCAGGUGCUACGACUUCGCAACUCACUCCCUCCCUAGAUGAUGCAUCGACAACGUGUGCGAGCACUGUACGACCUGCAUCUUCCACUGUCACCUCGUCCGGGAACGGAAGGGGGAGGAUCACAUUACCCAGUGCAUUCCUAUUUCUUGAUCGUUAUGUCAGUCGACAGGGCGUUUGCUUGCCUGGGUUGCGAUCCCACGAUUCCGGAACCUGCUGGUGUCUUGAGGAUUUGGAUCCUAAGAGUCCACUCUGGGUUAGUAGGACUGGAUUAUCGAACCCACGUAUUAACGAUCCUCCUCAAAGUUUGAAGCACUUAGAUCUUCGGUUCCGGGACAUCUUUGGAAAUACGGUGCUUCAUAUGCUUGCCUGUCGUGGUGCCGACAUAAAUAUUAUCUUCAAAGCACUGAAGCAAGGAGCAGAUCCGAAUGCUAAGAAUUCGGCGGGACAGACCUUUGCCCACCUUUUCAGCCGGCGAUUUCUGCGUACACUGUCUGAAGACAAAAUGGUCUUGGUGUCUGUGCUGCCAAAGUUAGCCUUGUUUGAUUUCAGAUUUCACGACUGUGAUCUCUUUGGCCGAAGUUUCUUCCAUGUACUCACACUUGAAGCAAAUGAUGUCAAAGACAACGCCCUGCAGGGCCUGACAUGGCUCGAUAGGCAGAAUCGACCUGCAAGAGAUGCUUUCGGCUGGACCUCAGCCAUCGAUCCAACCACACAGGCCGGGACAACUGCUCCUGCCCAACGAACCUACACCUUGGCAGAACUCGCCAAGUAUCCUCACCUGAGUUCUGGUGAAGGAAGUCCCGAGGAAGACUUUUCCGAAUCUGCUGAUCCCAAUUUUUUGAUCUUCAAGCAUGCACGGCUACUUGAGACAGCACGUCUAGCAAUCGACGUUCCCGAUAUCGAAGAUACACAAGGUCGCAAUGGCCUUCAGUGUCUAGCGGAAGCCUCUCUCUCCCUCGGCGACGAUGAGGAAAUAUCGCCGGCCAAUAAUAAACGUAAGCGCGAUCAGUCUGACCCCGAUCCCGCAAAGACGAGGCUAGCAUUCCGUUAUGAGCUUGUCCAGAAAAUGAUAGAAGUGGGAGUUGAUGUCAACAACUAUGACAAGAAGGGGAAUAUUGUGCUCAUGGCCUUCAUCACUCAUCUCCAGGAUGGUGAAGACGACAAGACUCUCACCCGGCUCCUCAACUAUAUCAUCCAGAACGACGCAAAUAUACAUUGGCGAAAUCGUGACGGGGAAAGUGCUUUACACAUCGCCGUACGACUGGGCCGCAAAGUUGCCACCAGAGUUCUCCUGAUAAACGGCGCCAACGUUCAUGCUAGGGACACUGAUGCCAAAGGUAUAUUGGCUGUAGGGGAAGCGCAUUAUCUCAAGGCGAAAAAAGAUCCGCCGUUAUAUGCUUCGAUCAUGGCUUGUAUGGCUCUUUGCAUACAAUACGGAGCUGUGGCAAGGCCAACUUUGGUUCAGGAAUGGUCGAUAAAAGAGAGGAAGGGUCAAUAAUACUCCAGAAUGUGAUCUAAAGCAGAUAAAAGUGUCGUCGCUGGCCUCUCUCAAACAGCUAGAGUAGGACAGCUUUUUGAACAAGCUUGGUUGUAAGGUUACUUAUAACCACGGGCACAAGCAUUAGCUUUUUC